CCGUCCCUUCGGCGCAGCGCGUGCUGUCCACCGCGCUCCUCGAGCAGCAGCAGCAGCGGUAGUAGUAGCGGCUGGCAGCUCAGCCCGGAGCCUGAGGGGACCCCGGCCCAGUCCGGCCCGGCGGAGAGGCAGACCGAGCGGGGAAGGAGAAGGCGUCCCUCUGCUGAGGGAGAAGCCCCGCGCCAUGAGCCCCGAGGAGAAGCCGCCACCCAGCCGCUCCCGCGAUGACCGGCCGCCGCCGCCGCCACCACCACCUCAGACCGCUCCCGGCCGAGGCCGGCGGCGAGGCGGCUUCCUGACAGAGAUCCGCACGCCCAUCCGCACCGAGCCCUUCCAGGAGCGGUACAGCCUCAGCCCCGGCAGGGAGCUCGGCAGGGGCAAAUUUGCAGUGGUGAAGAAGUGUAUCCAGAAAGACACUGAAAGAGAGUUUGCAGCAAAAUUCAUGAGAAAAAGAAGAAAGGGCCAAGAUUGUCGGAUGGAAAUAAUCCAUGAAAUUGCAGUCCUUGAGCUGGCACAAUGCAACCUUUGGGUCAUUAACUUGCAUGAAGUUUAUGAAACUGCAACAGAAAUGAUUUUAGUCCUGGAAUAUGCUGCUGGAGGUGAAAUCUUUGACCAGUGUGUGGCUGAAAGAGAAGAAGCCUUCAAAGAAAAAGAUGUUAAACGACUUAUGAAGCAGAUCUUAGAAGGAGUUUCAUUCUUGCAUAGAAACAAUGUGGUUCAUCUUGACUUAAAGCCCCAAAAUAUUCUACUAACCAGUAAGUCUCCUCUGGGAGACAUUAAGAUAGUAGAUUUUGGCCUUUCCAGAAUAAUGAAGAGCAGUGAGGAACUAAGAGAAAUUAUGGGCACUCCAGAAUAUGUAGCUCCUGAAAUUCUGAGUUAUGACCCAAUCAGUACAGCAACCGACAUGUGGAGCAUUGGAGUACUGGCAUAUGUUAUGCUAACAGGGAUAUCGCCUUUCUUAGGGGAUGAUAAGCAAGAAACAUUCUUAAAUAUAUCUCAAAUGAAUGUAAGUUACUCUGGAGAAGACUUUGACCUCAUAUCAGAGUCUGCCGUAGAUUUCAUCAGAACUGUGCUGGUCAAGAAACCCGAGGACCGGGCAACUGCUGAAGAAUGUCUUCAACAUCCAUGGUUACAACAAAGCAAUAGUCCUGCUUGCAGGGCCUGGAAUAAGAGUACAGGAGGGGAGACCAGUGACGUCACCCAGAAAGAUGCAGAUUCUGCCUCUGAAAAAUCAGUAGAUGCUGAGAAGACUGAAGAGGAAGACUCAAUAGUGACAGAAGAACUAAUUGUAGUGGCUUCAUAUACACUGGGACAAUGUAGGCAGUCAGAAAAAGAAAAAGUAACUGAGCAGAAAGCCAUUUCCAAACGGUUUAAAUUUGAGGAACCAUUGCUGCAAGAAAUACCAGGAGAAUUCAUUUACUGAACUGUGUGGAGCUUCAUAGCUGUAACUGGAAGGCAGUGUUUUCUACUAAACAAAAAUAUCCUAGCCAAGUGAAUUUCUGAUAUGCAAUAAGUGUUCUAGAUAAAAAAUGUUGAUAAAUGGCACCCAAGAAAAAUGUGCCAAGUUUUUAAUUUCAUGGAACAGAUAAACAAGAUUUCAAGUGGCUGACAGGAAUUUAACAAAAAGCUUAUUUUUGUUUGUAACUUUUAUUUCUGUUUUUUUGUUGCUUGAUAGCAGAGUUGUUGUUAAUUGUUCCAGUGUUCUGGAGAAGUUGACAUUGGAAGUGUUUCAGUGACAGAUGUCCAGAGGAGCAUUUUAGGGUAUGUUUUGGCAUUUAAUGCAAAUAUAUAAUGCAGGGUUUUCCUCAAACACCUUUUAGCACUCCUGACUUCAGUGGAACUAUCUACUGAUCUAAAAAUUGUAUGAGAGGAUAAUUUGAUCAACUGGUUUGACAUACAGAUUUCAAAGCUACACUGUGUGCAUGUAUUUCCUGAAGUUUACCUUAAGUCCAAGACCCAGACUCACCUGGCGUAUAGCCAAAGUGAGCUGUGCUUCUCUAGCAAGUGAUGCACGUGUCCCACAAGUGAAGAAAUCUGUAUCAGUGAACGAUUCCAGAUCACAGUGGUGAUAUUUCUUUAUUUGGGAGCACAGUAACAUCCCACUCCAGAGGGUGAUGAAUUUGCUUAAGUCGGUCACUCCUGAGAGCCAGCAGAGAUCACUCCCUUCCCCUCCUGUGUUGGGUGAGAUAUGCUAAUAGAAUCUAGCUCAGUGUGACUGCACGGUGUUUAUGAGCGGGGGAAAAAAGAAAAUGACAGAGGGUCUGAUGUAGGUCUAAGUUCUCUCCACUGACUUCACCACGUUAGAUCAGACAGUUUGUCCAACUAAUGAUGAUAAAUCAGCCCUCAAUUCCACCCUAUGCUUCCCCAGGGAAGCUGGGGUUUUACUGGGAGCAUGAGGUCAUGACUGCCUUCUUUCUGUUCCUCUAACUGCUGCUUUAAGGAAGAAAGAAGUGUCCUUAGGCUAAAUUGCAUAACCUUGUUCAAUAUAGCUAUCAGAUGGGGAAGAAGAUACUGCUUCCUCUGAAACAAUGAAGCACAACUCACACCUCGUGCUUCGCGAUUGCUCUCCCUUAGACACUUGGGAAAACAGCAUGUGUAUGGUGGGGCAGAGUGGCAUUAGGGAGCUGUAGGGGUGGGUCAUAGUUCUCAAUGGACAUGGUCCCUCGGAGGACAAAGCUGGGACUGGUUUUUGCAAUGUGCAGGUCUGAGGAUCUCGGACUGAGUCCUAAUUUUCUAAGAAAUCUUUCAUAUUGAUGCUGUUCCAAAGUUUAAUUUUAUGUAAUUGAAGUUUAGUACUAUUAUAUUGCAUACUGUUAACUAUUCAACUAUUUAUUUGGUUUCCUUAUGCUGUUCCUUUAUAAUAAACCCUGACAAAAGUUUUCUUGCUAUAAAACAAUGAAUAGAAACUCUUAA